UGCCUGUGUUUUUGUUCAUUUCUUACAGCGCUAACGGGCAGCGAGCGCCAAUUGUGUUUUUUUUCCCGCUUCCUCGUUGUUUUUUCCAGUUGUUUUUCUCCAUUUUGCUGAUAAAACCAAACAAAGGAAAAUUUGAGAUUCCUCGCUUUCUUCCUUCGCUGUCUUGAGACAUCUCUCUUUGGCUAGCGCUUUCUCUCUCUUUUGGAUCAGAAACAAACAGUCAUAUUCUUGGUAUUCCUAUACAAUGACAGCAGAUAACAGACCGCUUCCAUUCUCCUAUCAGUUCCUUGCUGGUGCCAUUGCCGGUGUCAGUGAGAUUCUUGUGAUGUACCCUUUGGACGUUAUCAAGACCCGUAUCCAGCUCCAGGUCGGUUCCGGUGCCCAGGCUGAGUACACUGGUGUCAUUGACUGUUUCACCAAGAUUGUGAAAAACGAAGGCCCUGCUCGUUUGUACAAGGGUAUCACCGCUCCUAUCCUUAUGGAGGCUCCAAAGAGAGCUACAAAGUUUGCCGCCAACGAUGAAUUCUCCAAGUUCUACAAGAAAUUGUUUGGUGUUCAGCAGAUGAACCAACCGCUUUCUAUCUUAUCCGGUGCCUCUGCUGGUGCGGUGGAAAGUUUUGUCGUUGUUCCAUUCGAAUUGAUCAAGAUCAGACUCCAGGAUAAGAACUCCCCAUACAAAUCCGUGGGUGAUGCAUUCCUCAAGACAGUCAAGAACGAAGGUCCAUUGGCCUUGUACAACGGAUUGGAGGCAACUUUGUGGAGACACAUCGUCUGGAACGCUGGUUAUUUCGGUAUCAUCUUCCAAGUUAGAUCUCUUCUACCAAAGGCUCAAAACCCAACCCAGAAGACCCUCAACGACUUGGCAGCCGGUGCCAUUGGUGGUACUUUUGGUACUCUAUUCAACACUCCAUUUGACGUUGUCAAGUCUAGAAUUCAAAACACCGUUCUCAAGCCAGGUGAGGUUAGAAAAUAUAACUGGACUUUCCCAUCUUUGUUGACUAUCUACAAGGAGGAAGGUUUCAGCGCUUUGUACAAAGGUUUCCUUCCAAAGGUGUUGAGAUUGGGACCAGGUGGUGGUAUCCUCUUGGUUGUCUUCACUGCCACUAUGGACUUCUUCAGAACCAUCCAUUACAAGUGAUUUAAUCAAGGUUGAAACGUUCUAGACAUAAUAAACAGUCCCACCUUAUUUAAAUCACUGGCAAUAUCUGCUUGUUCGUUCAUGUCUUUUUUACAAGGUAAUAGUAUAUAGAUAGAGCUACAAAUUCAAUUAUUUAUCCUCUUUUUUUACAAGACAAAAAGGGACA